AUGCCUGCGGCCACCAUGUUUUCCAAAUUUAAAAGUGGAAACCAAGCACCACAGAAUCCCAUCGAUGCCAAUCCCAUUACCCAAUAUUUUGAAAUCGGUAAACCUGUUGCUUGUGCUGGACCUGAAUUGAUUUGGAAAGUACACGACGCAUAUCGUAAGAGCGAUGGAAAGGAAUGUUCUGUGUUCCUUUUUGAAAAGCGUUGUGCUGAAAAGUUGCACAAACCAAAGAGAAAGGAAACAGUGACGGAACUUUUGCGAACGUCAGUCAAGCAUCUAGAGCGUUUCCGCCAUCCGAAGAUUCUACAAAUAAUCCAUACAGUUGAGGAAUGUCCCGAAACAUUAGCUUUUGCAACCGAACCCGUUUUAGCUAGUUUAGCAAAUAUUUUAGCUUUUUAUGAUGUAACUUUUCCAACACCAACGACGGGAGCAUCCCAAGCAAAUCAACCCCAAAUGCCCCAGCGACCUGCUCAUGCAACAGAAUAUAACUUUUUGGAUAUUGAAUUGAAAUAUGGGAUUUUGCAGAUAACGGAAGCUUUAUCUUUCCUUCACUAUUCGGGUCAAAUGAUUCAUAAGAAUGUUUCUCCCUCGUCAAUAUUAGUGACAAGAAAAGGAACUUGGAAGUUGGCAGGCUUCGAGUUUAUUGAGCGUUGUCACGAAUCGGAUGCUGUUGAACCUGUCAUCUGUCAGCCAUGGAGUACAAGGUUGUCUAAAAUGGCACAACCAAAUCUCGAUUACAUGGCUCCUGAAAUACAAGUUAACUCCAACUGUAGCAUAUUAAGCGACAUGUUCUCAUUAGGGAUGGUGAUUUGUUCGAUUUUCAACAAUGGAAAACCAUUAAUUCAAGCACAAAACUCACCAUCAGCUUACAUAAAGCAACUAGAAAUGCUUGACGAGACUGUUCGUAAUAUGCUACCACGAAUACCAAUACCAUUGCAAGAAGCAACAUCUAGAUUAGUAAAUAAACAACCGGGACCAAGGCCCACCGCUCAGCUUUUGCAGCUCAUAAAAUAUUUUAGCGAUCCUGCUGUGCAUGCUUUACAGUUUCUCGACGUUAUUAACAUGAAAGACCCGACACAAAAAGCUCACUUCUAUCGCAGUACAUUGAAAGAUGCUCUUCCAUUUAUUCCACGAAAACUAUGGUGGCAGCAUGUUUGGCCAUGCUUACAGCAAGAGAUGAGAGCAGCUGAGGUGUUAGCUGCCGUGCUUCAACCAGCAUUAGCAAUGGUGCAAGAAGCCACUCUUAACGAAUAUGAACAAGUUAUAUUGCCAACUUUCAAAAUGGUAUUUGCAUCCCCUAAAUCUAUUCAAGCAACUGUUACGCUUCUCGAGAACCUGCAUAUAAUCCUCGAAAAAACACCACAGAAUGACAUUCGAUCUGAGGUUUUGCCUCUGCUAUUCAACUCAUUCGAAAGCAACACAAUGCAAAUUCAGAGUGCGGCUUUAGUGGCUGUUGCAAAUGUUUACGAAUACGUCGAUGAGCUCUCGAUAAGAAGAAUGGUUUUACCUAAAAUUAAAACAGUUUUCGAGAAAAAUCAGAGCGAUUUGAAAAUCAUGGCAAAUGUUCUCCAAUGUGUUGAGAGAAUUCUGGACAAACUUGAUAAGUCACAAAUUAUCGAUGAAGUUCUUCCAAUGCUGUACGAGAUUCGACUUUCUGAUCCUGAAAUUAUUCUACGCGUUGUCCACAUUUAUAGAAUUAUGUUGAGCGAUAAGAAAUACGGUUUAUCUGUGAACAUGAUGGCAACGCGUGUUCUUCCAUCGCUUGUUCCACAAACAGUUAAUCCAUCAUUGAAUUUGGAACAGUUUAUGAUUCUCCUUGAAGUACUUCAAGAAAUGCUCGAUUGUAUCGACAGGCAACAACGCAAUAAAUUGAAAUUGGAUAAUUUAUCUCUGCCUUCCCCAGAACGUCAUCGUCCUUUGCGCCAUCAAUUUUCAUCAGAUAAUAUGCACGUUCCACCUUUUAAUAUCCCUAAUCUGCGAAUCGAUCAGCGAAAAACGUCUAGUGCAGAAGAUAUGGCGAGAAAGAACUCAACAGGUUCCAUAAGGUCAGGUAUGUUGGGAAGUUGGUGGUUUGGUGGUGGACCAUCAUCACCAGAUAGCAACUAUCUUCGUGUAGCAAAUGCUGCAUUCCCUAACCGUCGUUUAUCUGAUAACACGUUGAUGACACCUAAAAUAAGAAUAGCUCCGUCUUGUGCGUCGUCACCCGGUGGGACACCUGGAGGCGGAUUGCCAAUACGACGACAUUCUAGCAUCGGCCCACAAGAACGUAGAGCUUCAGCAAUGAAUCUAUCGCCGCCCACGGGAGGAUCAAUGCCGAAUACAUCAAGCACAAGUGUCCCAUUCUUGCUAUCAUCCAGUAUGCAGUCUAUUCGUUCACGUCGAACUUCAACAGUUCUUUCAUCAGGUCCUCUAGGGUCUGGCUCUGGCUUGUUGUCUCAACUUGGUACAGGCAUGGUAAGAACUCCUAUAAAUUCCUCCGUUUCAGGCAACGCAAGUCCUGUGCAUCAAUUAAAUGGAAAUCGAAAUUAUGUUCGCAAGUGUCCGUCACUCAAUAUAACUUUUAGCAAUUAA